AUGAGAGCAAAGAAGAAGAAAAAGAAAGAAUGGAAUGAACUGGAAAUAGAAUGGGAAUGGGUUACAGUGGAAAGUUCCAUUGUACAUGCUGUUGCUGCCCAAGAUUUUGACACUGGGAUUAACGCACAUCUCAGCUUUUCUCUGUUUGGGCCAAAUGCAAAUAAAUUUGUAAUUGAUCAACUAACAGGAGCCAUAUUUGCAGCAGAACCACUAAUCGGUCAUACAGAUGUAAAUGUUCGUGUUAAAGUAGUCGAUCAAGGAAAUGACCCCAGAUCAGACAGCACAACUGUAACAGUGAGGUUUCAACCUCAGGAUAAUUUUCCUCAAAUCCAUUUAGUUAAUAUCUCAGAAUGUAUUCCAGAAAAUCAAGCACUGAACACUGUUGUUGGCAGAGUGGCUGCCAUAACCAAGAGGCAAGGAUCAGUACUCCCCAUUUCAUACUAUCUUGCUGCAGGAAAUUCUGGGGAUACAUUUCAGAUGAGUCAGACGUCUGGAGAAAUAACUUUGAGGAAACACUUGGACUUUGAGGAUAUAAUACAGUACAAACUUUGGGUAGAAGCUAGAGAUUCAGGGUUACCACCAUUUUCAUCUUAUGUUAAAAUAGACAUAAACAUUUCUGAUGAAAACGACAACAUUCCUCAAUUCACUAAAAGUAUAUUUAGAUGUGAAAUAUUUGAAAAUUCUGCACCUGGCAUUGUUUGCAAAGUAUCAGCAACAGAUGAAGAUUCAGGUCAAAAUGGUAUACUACAGUAUAGCUUCAAAGACAUCAACAGUGUUUUUAUGAUUAAUGCUACAACUGGAAUAAUUAGAACAACCCUCGUAUUAGACAGAGAACAUACAGCACUUUAUAUUUUAACUGUUCAAGCCAAAGACCAAGGAAUCAUACCUCAAACUGGUUCAGCAACAGUUAUUAUAAACAUUCUAGAUCAAAAUGAUAAUGCUCCAAGAUUUUUACAAAUCUUCCUUACCAACAUUCCAGAAAAUGUACCUAUAGGCUUUUCAGUAUUGCAGAUUAAAACUUCUGAUGAAGACAUUGGUAUAAACUCUGUAAGUACAUAUACAAUUGCUGAUGAAAACAGUCAUUUGCCUUUUGCUAUAGAAAAAUACACUGGAUAUUUAAAGGUGGUAAUGCCUUUAGAUCGAGAAACAACAGACAGGUACGUCCUUAAAGUCAAUGCCAAUGAUUCUGCUUGGAGUGUUAAUACUGAUGUUACCAUCUGUAUCACUGAUGUUAAUGAUAACGCACCAUUGUUUACCCAUUCGUCUUAUACCAUAACCAUUCCAGAAGUAGUGACACAAGAAACAUUCGUUGUAAAGGUCUUUGCAUCGGAUGCUGACUGCGGAUUAAAUGGUCAAAUUUUCUUCUAUAUGAAGUCAUCAAAUGAAUUUUUUAGGGUGAAUGCUACAACAGGUGAAAUAUUUACCAAGAAGAUUAUUCCUUUUCAGAAUCCAUACAAUGACACAUUCUUCAACAAUUACAACUUUACUGUGAUGGUUUCAGAUGCUGGUGAAAAAGCUAUGGUUAACGAAUGUAAGGUAAUAAUAAAUAUUGUCCCUCGAAACAUCCAGCCUCCAAAAUUCUUACCAGUUUGGCCUAUAGUUUCUAUUCCAAAACACACAAAGAAGGGUACUAAAGUUAUAAAAUUAACAGCAGUUGAUAACUCUUCACAUCCCAAUGACGUAAUCACAUAUUCAAUCACCGGAGGAAAUGGUUCUUCCAUUAUUGGAAUUGAGAAGAACACUGGAUGGGUCUUCCUUAAUGUUUUACCAUCUUCAGUAGCUGAAUUAUAUAGUAUUGUCUUUAUUGCAGAAGAUAAUGGCAUACCAUCCCUUUCAGAUGACAUUGCAAUAAAUUUUGUGAUCACUGAAGAUAACAGAUUUACCCCACAUUUUUCUGAAAUGAAGAUUCAUAUUUCAGUUUCUGAAGAUUGUGUUGAAGGAUCUGUCAUUGGAAGGGUUAGUGCCAUUGAUGCUGAUGAAAGCCUUAAUGGAUUGUUAGUCUAUGCUGUUGUGACUGGUAAUGAUGACAACAAUUUUGCCAUUGAAAAUACUACAGGAAUGAUUAUGCUGUGUAAAAGUUUAGAUUUUGAAACAAAGUCUGCUUAUAUUCUUCAUAUCACUGCCACAGACAAAGGAUGGUUAUCCAAAUCAAGCUCAGUUAUAGUCACUAUACAUGUUUUAGAUGUAGAUGACAAUUUGCCUGUCUUCAGCAGGGAUGAGUAUUUUAUCUAUUUAGCAGAGGACUCGCCUAUUGGCACAGCAGUUCUACAACUAAGUGCAUAUGAUGCCGAUUUGGGAGAGAAUGCUGAGAUAAAUUAUGCUAUUGAAAAUGAUGAGAAGGAUACCUUUGCUGUUGAUUUAAAAACUGGACUAUUAUACACUUGUGGCUAUCUUGAUUUUGAACUGUGUCAGAUUUUUGAAUUACAAAUAAAAGCAUACAAUCCUAGCAACAGUGAGCAUUUUAGUAUUGCAAAGGUAUAUGUGAAUGUUCUAAGUGUUAAUGAAUACUUCCCUAAAUUUAUUAAAAGUCAGUAUAACUUCAUGAUUCCUGAAGUGGCGUCCAUUGGUACGUCUGUUGGCAGAGUAUUUGCAAUAGACUACGACUAUGGACUUCAUGGGGUAGUUUAUUACAUGUUUAUUGGUCAAAGCAAAUGGAAGGGCUUCAGCAUUAGUCGUUUAACAGGAGAGCUUUUUGUUUCUGGAAACAUCAGGAAACAUUCAGAGAGACAAGUAACUCUCAAAGUAGUUGCCAAAAACUCUGGUAACAUUCAUGCUAAUGCUAUUGAUAAGGCACUGAUUACUAUAACAUUUCAUGAUGUAAAUGAUCCCCCAUUCUUCAGCUGUGCCGUGUAUCAGACCCAUGUCAGAGAGGACAUGCCAGUUGGUUCUUCAGUUAUUACGCUUUAUGCCUAUGAUGUGGACUUGGUGUCUGAAUGGAAUACAUUUUCCUUCAGAAUUCAACAAGGAAACCAUUACAAUAAUUUUUAUAUUAAUCCAUUUAGUGGUGUAGUAUAUAUUACAUCACCACUAGACAGAGAAAGUACGCCUUCCCACAGUCUCACAGUCAUUGCCAUUGACAAGGCUCCUGUUCCAAGUACUGGUAGUACUCAGUUAGAAAUCAUAGUCGAUGAUAUAAAUGACAACAGUCCUAUUCUUAUUACAACUGAAGUACAUAUUAUGGAGAACCAGGCCCCUGGCACAUUCAUCUUGCAGUUCAAUGCUACAGACUAUGAUCUACCUCCUAAUCAGGGUCCCUUUUUAUAUCAAGUAAUGGUUAAUUCCAACUAUUUGACUCUGUCUCCUGAUGGUGGCUUGACUACAAACUCACUGAUAGAUCGGGAAGAAGUUGACAAUAUUUACCUACCUAUCACAAUCAAAGACUCUGGAGUUCCAAGUAUGAUUACAACAGCAACCGUUCAUGUCAUAGUUUUAGAUCAGAAUGAUAACCCUUCACAACCGAGAAAUAUUUAUAUCCAAAUCAAUUCUUAUGGAGACUCUUUUCCAGGAGGAUUCAUUGGAAAUAUAAAGCCAAAAGACCCUGAUAUAUCAGAUGUGUUUAACUGUAGAAUAUUAUCUGGGCCUAGCCAUAUUUUCAACAUACCAGCUAAUUCAUGUGACUUAUUUUCCUCUGUAGUGUUGAACGACAAUGCUUUAUUUAACCUUAUUGUUGAAGCAAAUGACAGUGUUCAUAACAAUGUUGUGAGUAGCAUACAUAUCAGAUACACAACAUUUAACAAUGCCACAAUAGACAGUAGCAUCCAGCUUUACUUGUCAGCUCCAUCUUUUGAAACAUUCCUCUCAAAUAAUUUCAUUAUGUUUGUGGAGACUAUUAAUAAUCUGCUUAGUGAAAAAUAUGCAAAGGCCCAUGUGUUUGGAAUGAUGUCACUGGAUGAUGAAGCCCUUUUAUUUGUAUCUUUUAAACAAUCAAAUGGAUUAUAUUUGCAGAGUAAUUCUGUGGCUGACUUUUUCAAUGAAAAAAGGAAUUUGCUGGAAAUUAUGACAGACGUCAAGAUCACAUCUGCAACUGACAAUAUAUGCUCAGAACACCUGUGUCAGAAUGGAGGCAGUUGCCAAAAGACUUUUGGAAUGAGUCCAGUCAUAACAGUCUUUGAUAGUUUGUCUGUGAUUUUUGUAACACACAGGUUUACAUUUCCUUUUUUGUGUGAAUGUUCCACUGGAUAUACAGGACCGCACUGUGAAGUCAAUAUUAAUGAGUGCCAAAGUAGUCCAUGUCUGAACAACAGAAUCUGUGUUAAUGACCUGGGAGGAUAUUUCUGCAGCUCUUCAGAAGGGUUUUCUGGCCAGAUGUGUGCUACAGAUACAAAUCAGUGUGAGAAGAACAUCUGCCAGAAUGAGGGGCCCUGCCUAACCAGUGUGGGAAGUUUCCAUUGUCAUUGCGCUGCUGGAUAUACAGGUAAUCAGUCAGUUUAA